AUGGAUGUCGGCGCAGACGUUGAAUCCGCCGAACCUUGCAACGAGGACCUCGCAAGGGAAGCGGGUUUACAUUUCAGCGACCUAAGCAAAGUGGAGCGCGAUAUGCUCCUUCGAGCUCGCGCGGCGGGCAUUCCUGCGUACGACAGCGGGCCGCUGGCCGCGCCGUCGGAGAGCGAAGCCUCGUUGUCGACGGAAGGCGAGGCCAGUCAGCCAAGCGAAGACGUCGGUGAAGAGUUUCAUUCGCGACUCAUCCCCCAAGUGAAAUUUUUGCGCGCUUGUUUGGGGGGGGGGGGGUACUGUUUCAAGUGCGAGUGCGGACAUUGCGUGGUGCUGGACAACUUCAGCGAGGAGGAGUGCCGCUGCUGUCGAGAGAUGGGAGAGCCUGUCACUGCUGCUCAGCCUGAAGGAUGCAUCACGGAGCACCCGGAGUUCCACCUCCUGUCUCUCAACAUCGCUGUGCUCCGUGUGGCGUACUUCGAACUGCGGGCACGCAGGGACUGCAUGGACGAAGACAUCCACAAGAGAUACCGCUACACUGCCUACAGGCAGUUCGUCCGCUGGCUGUGGGGUCACCUUAGUAGAGGUCACCGCUUCAUUCUACCCUCAUGCGUCGUGGCCAAAAUUAGGGGCACAUUCCCCACAGAGACCCCAACAAGAUUCAAAUAUCCAGAAUACUAG